AUGGGGUCCCCCACUCACAGCUCUUCUGUCCCCUCCUAUACUUUGUUUCUGGAUCUUCCUCCUCCUCCACCUGAUACCUUGUUCUCACUCUGGCGCCAGACUUUAUGCCUACACCAUCUACUUGUCAAGGAGACAUAUCAGCACUGCUUGAAGCCAGACCAGCAAGCACAGAUGCCACUUGUCUCUUCCUGUGGGAAUAUUGGCUCUGCAGAACCCAUUUUUUCUCAGUUUUGGUACCAGGGUUUUUUAACCUCCCAUAACACAUUUAUUAUACAAAAUUGGGGGUAUGCCCUCUUCUAG